AUGCCCAAGCCGAUAUUCGGGGGGGGGCAUCACACGCAAAAGCGGCAGACCAUCAGCAACGUCAAGCUGAAACUUGGCCACCGCGAAGUCGAGCUGAAUCCUGGCCAUGCAGGCAUACAAUUCAGUCUCGAUGGGGUCGUCAAGUACGUGAGGCCUGGCCAACAGGCAGACAAGCAUGGCGUGCAAGUCGGGGACAGAGCUGUCACCAUCGCAGGCAAGCCGUUCUCAGCGGGGCUUUACAACUUCAAGCGGGGAGGCAGCAGACCGUACACGAUCGUAUUCAAGACCAAAACAGUGCCAUCGACAUUGCGAUCGAUUUUGGCAUGGGCGGACAUCGCGUGCUGGCGGAUGAUGAGAGCCAAGUUGGUCUUUUUGCGUGUCACCUCCCAGGCAACCAUUCAGCUGAUGAUGCCUGAGCUGCUUGCUUUACUGGGCCUUGUGGUCAGGGCGGCUGGCGCAGCAAUCGCGUGUACCGCCGCUCCGUUCCGCAUCUCAGCAGCUCUCGAGACAGCAGAGAGCAAACUUACGCAACUUCGCAGCCACAGUCCAGAACUGCACGGUCAGGUCACAGCCGUCGAGGCUGUCAUGGCACAGGCGAACAGGGGACGAGGCAUCGGCGUAUCCGUCGGCGGCCACCUGGUGGUGAACAGAGGGCUUAUCCAGAGAGCUAUUCUGAGCCUGGCGGGCGUGGCUGCGGUGCUUUGGUCCUUGGGAGACUGGGUGCUCGGAGUCGAGGACAAGGAGUACCAGGCCUUGAUGAACAAGAUGGAUGUCCUGAACGACCAUGUGCACGGUCUGGACCGCCAGGUUCAAACUUUGAGCAAGAUGAUGCGAUCUGUGCCAGGGCUCGUGAAGGAUAUGCAGCGCGGCCAGUAG